GAAGAAGAAGAAGAAGAAGCGUUAUUGGAGUUAAAUGAAUACUUUCUUCCUACGACUCUCACCUUUCUCUGUUUUCCCACGACACGGAGGUCUUACAAACGAGCCGACGGAAGAUAAAGGUUUUGCCGAGAACCAGUCUAGUCGCCGUCCAUCCGAGCUGAACGUGUUGUUCUGAUUUCAGGUGACCGAAUUAUCCAGCAAGGAGAAGCGUUGCCCCGGAGCCGAGACGUCGUAGAGACGCUGUGAGUGCGGCGGCAGAUGAAGAGGGACUCGCUCAUUGCCGCAGUUCGCAGUUGUGUGUUGCACUUUUUCAAGAGGCUGCUAAGCUUGGUCGACAUGUGGCGGUCCUUGUCCGGGCUGACGAGUCGGUCCUUGUCCGGGCUGACGAGUCGGUCCUUGUCCAGGCUGACGAGUCGAGUCUUGCUGAGCGGCCCGUCCCCUCCGGUGGGCGGCGGCGAGAUCCACGCGCAGAGCGGCUGCAGGCUGGUCGUGGGUUUGGGGAACCCUGGGAUGGAAGGUUCCAGACACAGCGUCGGCAUGGCGGUGCUCGGUGCCCUCGCUCAUCGCCUCGGCGCGACCGACCGUUGGCGCGGUGACAAGCACGUGUCUGGUGAGGUCGUCGUCUCCGAGAUACACGACGUGCACGUGGUGCUGCUACGUCCCAAGCUGCUGAUGAACAUCAAUGGCGUGUCAGUAGCCAAAGCAGUGACUAAGUACAAUAUCAAGCCUGAGGACAUCCUGCUGGUUCACGAUGAACUGGACAAACCGCUGGGGAAGAUCGCCAUCAAGCAUGGAGGAAGCGCCCGGGGUCAUAACGGCGUGCGCUCCUGCAUCGACUGUCUUCAGACGGACGUGAUGACCAGACUGCGAGUUGGGAUCGGCCGGCCAGCGGGGAAAACGCCGGUGGAUCGACACGUUCUCGGUCGCUUCUCCGAGGAGGAGCGGGAGGUCCUGAGCUCGGUCCUGGACCGCAGCGUGGACCUCCUCCUCUCCCAGCUCGCCCAGCAACACUCGCAGUCCCCUCCCCCGCCAGCGGGGGGCAGGCCGGCAACACGGCAGAGGAAAGAGAGGGGCAGCCCGGCGGCACAGACCAGCAACGCGUGCGGCAGCGUGUGACUGCUGGCCCGGGGUGCGUCACGUCUCCAGAGGGUUGUGGGGGAGUUGGAGUAUUUCCCAUCAUGCACCGGGAGGACUGGACUGCUCUCCAUUUACACCUGAUGACGGCUCCAUGUUGUCGGUGGGAUUUACCGCGUGAUUCGGCGUCCUCCUAUCAGCCGCGUGGCGACACCGAGUCUUCAGCCUGCUCAGAUCCUGUGUGAUGCCUGCAGGGGCAACUCGUGGGGUGUUUACCCCGUGGAGCCGGGACGCCUUCAACGCCAGCGAGGGAGCCAUGCUGGUCGGAGACGUGUUAAAAGCCUUCGUCGCCAGCGGUACAGGAAACCGGAGGUGGUUUCAACAGCGGAGACGUGAUGCUGAGUGUCCCCAGGUGAUGUGUCCUGUGCUGCAGGCGACGGCUCCAGAGUGAUGCUGGGUGUCCCCAGGUGAUGUGUCCUGCGCUGCAGGCGACGGCUCCAGAGGGAUGCUGAGUGUCUCCAGGUGAUGUGUCCUGCGCUGC